CAGCGUACGGUUGCUAGCAAACUUGGGUCCUCAUGGCUAGACUCUUAUUGCAUUUUUUGAGUGCUUAUUUUGUGGUAUUAUACGUGAGGGUGGUGGAUGGUGCUCCAAUUUCAUCAUGCAGUCAGACCCCAUAUCCUGAAGUAUGCAAUUAUUUCAUUGGCAAUUACAAGCCCACUGCAGGGGUUGAUGAAAUUCAGUUCCCAUUUCGCGACAGGGUCCUUAGAGUCACAAUGAACCAAGCCAAGCAACUCCACCUGCUGGUUUCAGCUAUGGACUUGAGCUCGUCGGAUGAGCGAACCAAGUUGGCUUGGGCUGAUUGUUUGGAGCUUUAUGAGAACACCAUGGACCUGGUGAAUCGUUCCAUCAACUCUAUCAGUCCAGCGGUCAUGUUUGACUCUCAAACAUGGUUAAGUGCUGCAAUUGCCAAUCAGCAAACUUGUCUAGAUGGAUUUAUUGAUUUCAAUCCAUCUUCUGAUCAGUUUCAAUCCUUCCCAUCUAUGUCAAUCUCAACCAGUAACUUCUCAAAGUUGCUUAGCAAUUCGCUGGCAAUAAACAAGGCAGCAGUUUCCGCAACAAGUAUGCUAUCUAACAAUCAGGCUGGUGGCCGACGCUUGCUUUCUAAUGGCUUCCCAACAUGGGUUUCAGCUGCUGAUAGAAAGCUUCUCCAGUCAUCUGGGGCAGCUUCAAGGGCUGAUAUUGUGGUAGCCCAUGACGGGUCCGGUAAUUACAAAACCAUUUCUGAGGCUGUUGCGGCGUCGGUUAAGCUAAGAAGUGGGACUAAGAGAUUUGUUAUAUACGUGAAAGCGGGUGUUUAUAGAGAAAAUGUGGAAAUCAAGAGGAAAAUGCAAAAUAUCAUGAUAAUCGGAGAUGGGAAAGAUGCUACCAUUGUCACAGGCAAUAAGAAUGUUCAAGAUGGCUCCACAACUUUCCGUUCUGCCACUUUCGCUGUUUCGGGUCAUGGCUUCAUUGCUCGAGAUAUGACAUUUGAAAACACGGCUGGACCUCAGAAACACCAAGCAGUUGCACUUCGCUCAAGUUCGGAUGGUUCGGUUUUCUAUGGUUGUAGCUUUAAAGGCUACCAAGACACCUUAUAUGUGCACACACAACGCCAAUUCUACCGCAACUGCGAUGUAUAUGGAACUGUGGACUUCAUCUUUGGAGAUGCAGUUGCGGUUCUCCAGAACUGCAACAUCUACGUGAGGAGACCCAUGAGCAACCAAGCAAACGUCAUCACCGCUCAGGGAAGAUCCGAUCAAAAUGAAAAUACUGGGAUUUCAAUCCAUAAUUCGCGGGUCAUGGCAGCUCCGGACUUGAGACCUGUUCAGAGUCGGUUUAAGACGUAUCUCGGGCGGCCAUGGCGUAAGUACUCAAGGACAGUUUUCAUGAAGACUUCUCUAGACGGCUUGAUCGAUCCUGCAGGGUGGAGUCCAUGGAAAGGAGACUUUGGUCUGACAACUCUGUAUUAUGGUGAGUAUAUGAACACAGGAAGCGGUGCAAGUACUCGUGGCAGGGUGAAGUGGCGAGGAUAUCAUGUUAUUACUAGCGCAGCGGAGGCCGAAAAAUUUACAGUUGGCAGAUUCUUGGUCGGAGAUUCAUGGAUUCCGACCACUGGAGUUCCCUAUGCUUCUGGGUUAUGAUAUGUAGUUUUCCUGCCUAAAUUCAAGUGAAGAUGGUAAUGAUAUUGUCAUAUAGUUUGUGUUAAGCUUUGUCGCGGUAUCACACAUGGAUUCUAAUAAUAGGCUGAUGUUUGUUCGGUCUCCAUGUGAACUAAGGUUUUGGAAAACUUUAUUGAAUAAAUUAAGGUGUGAAGUGUACAUAAUCAUAUCGUUUAUAAAAGUAGUAGAAAAUUUGUA